AUGGAGCUGAGUGGAGUGGCCGUGGCCCUGGGGCCCGCCGGCCAGCUCCUUUUACUCCUGUGCUUCAGGACCCUGGCCGCCCAGACUGCAGACACCUGUCCAGAGGUGAAGCUGGUGGGUCUGGAGGGCUCCGACAAGCUCUCCAUCCUCCGAGGCUGCCCGGGGCUGCCUGGACCCGCAGGGCCCAAAGGAGAGGCAGGCGCCAAUGGACAGAAGGGAGAGCGAGGUUCUCCCGGAGUCCCUGGGAAGGCAGGGCCGGCCGGGCCCAAAGGUACCAAAGGAGACCGAGGGGAAAAGGGCGCAAGCGGAGAGAAAGGAGAGCCGGGGCAGCUUCAUUCCUGUGCCACAGGACCUCGGACCUGUAAGGAGCUGCUCACCAGGGGACACUUUCUGAGCGGCUGGUACACCAUCUACCUGCCCGACUGCCGGCCCCUGACCGUGCUGUGUGACAUGGACGUGGACGGCGGGGGGUGGACCGUUUUCCAGCGAAGGAGCGACGGCUCUGUGGACUUCUACCGGGACUGGGCCGCGUACAAGCAGGGCUUCGGCAGUCAGCUGGGAGAGUUCUGGCUGGGGAAUGAAAACAUCCACGCCCUGACCGCCCAGGGAAGCAGCGAGCUGCGGGUAGACCUCGUGGACUUUGAGGGCAACCACCAAUUUGCCAAGUACCAGUCAUUCAAGAUGGCGGGUGAGGCAGAGAAGUACAAGCUGGUCCUGGGAGCCUUUGUCGGGGGCAGUGCAGGUGAUUCCCUGACGCCCCACAAGGACCAGUUCUUCUCCACCAAAGACCAAGACAACGACAAGAGUUCCUCUAACUGUGCAGUGCAGUUCCAGGGGGCCUGGUGGUACACCAGUUGUCACUCCUCCAACCUGAACGGCCGCUACCUCGGGGGGCCGCACUCGAGCUAUGCCAAUGGUGUCAACUGGAGGUCGUGGAGAGGGUACAACUACAGCUACAAGGCAACCACGAUGAAGGUGCGGCUCACCUAG